AUGCUUUGCAACAUAUUCGGCCUUAUGACCUUGCCCAGGACACCAGAUCAUGACCCCAACGGUACAAGCACCGAGACAGGCAGAGAAGAUCCGUUGGCACAGUCUCCGUCAGCCCUAGAUUCGUCUCAGGGGGUCUCAGCUCCAAGUCAAGCGAAGGCGUCUCUUCCUCAAGAUGUUACCCGACCGUACCCGCAAUACCAGUCCCAAAUGCAAAAUGCCGGAAUGACUGCUGGCGCUCUUGUCGGCUCUAUAGACGAAGGCUAUAUGGUCGGUGACAUGGUGACAGGUGGUGUGGAGGGAGGCAUUGUGGGACAGCGAGUUGCACAGGCGCAAAAUCAUGCGUUCUACCGUGAUCAGGCGAUGCAGUAUCGAGAAGGCAGAGCAGCCGGUACUAUCCCUCCUCCCGAGGAAGUUUAUGGAGAUUCUUCAAAAUCUUCUUGGUGGUCAAAAGAGGGUCGAGCCCAAAGGAGGGCAGAGAGGUGGGAGCGGAGAGCGAAGAGAGCUGGUGAAAUUUAA